UUGAAGGAGACAGAGGGGUGCUUUGUGCCUCUCAACCAGGUCAGCUCCCUCGAUCUCUCUUUCCCAUUCCCCCUCCUCUCUCGGUUGCUAUCCCUCCUUCCCACUCUUUCGUUCUCAAGCUCCCAGAGUUCACCCAAACCUGGGUACUUAAAAGAUGCUAUCUCUGCUCUUCUCUUUGCUCCUGGUCAUUCUAGCUCAACAGUCUCUAUGCAGGGCUCAGAACCAUGGUGGGCAGCUGUCUGGUCUGCGAGGAGGCAAGGCCAUGUUGGAGAGGAAACAGUUGUGCCAGUGGCCGUGUAAGUGCAAGGCCAAGCCCCAGUGUGCCCCGGGGGUCAGCUCAGUGCUGGAUGGCUGUGGCUGCUGUAAGAGCUGCGCCCGGCAGAUAGGCGAGGCCUGCAACGAGAGGGACAUCUGCGACCCCCACAAGGGCAUGUACUGCGACUUCUCUAAUGACCAGCCACGAUAUGAGGUCGGAGUCUGCGCUUACUUGAUGGCAGUUGGUUGUGACCUGAAUGGGGCCCACUAUGAGAACGGCGAGGCCUUCCAGCCCAGCCCGCUGUAUAAAUGCACGUGCAUCGCGGGAGCCAUCGGCUGCACCCCAGCCUUCAUCCAGAAGCCCGCUGCUCUCCUGGGUCCUGCCCCUCUGAGGAGCAACGCACCCCUGCCAGCUGGCCUCCAGAGCGCCCCUGGUGCCUCCAGAAAACACCAGCAGGACACAACAAACAUGGCCGCCAUGCCAGCUUACAGGGAUCCUCCUUUAGCCUGGAAGAAGAAUUGCCUGAUCCAGACCACUCCGUGGAGCCCCUGCUCCAAGACCUGCGGCCUGGGUAUCUCAGUCCGGGUCAACAAUGACAACGGCAAGUGUGAGAUGAGGAAGGACCGCCGCCUCUGCCUGCUGCGGCCGUGUGAGAAGAGCAUCAUGAAGUCCGUCCAGAUGCUGAGAGGAAAGACAUGUAAGCCCAAGUUCCAGGCUAAGAAAGCAGAGAAGCUGACCCUGUCUGGGUGCACUAGCACCAAGAGUUUCAAACCCACUUACUGUGGCAUCUGCACUGACAAGCGCUGUUGCGUCCCCAACAAAUCCAAAAUGGUGACCGUCAACUUCAAGUGCAAGGGCGGCUCCAACGUGCGCUGGAAAAUGCAGUGGAUAACAUCCUGCGUGUGCCAGAGGAAGUGUAAUGACCCUGGGGACAUGUUCGCAGAGCUACGCUUCCUCUAGCACCUUCUCCAGCAUCUAUAAUCAACCUCAGAGCCAUGUCCAUGCCCACAGACUAACACAGGCCUGGCCUAAUCUGCCUCUGGCUCCGUGCUGCCCGAGUCAUGGUAUUUCGGCCUGGCCAUGAAGUGCUACUAAACAGUGCCUGUGUUCUCUGGCGAUGUGCCAAUGGGCUGGUAUGGAAAGUUUAAAACGUGGAACCUCAACUCAUGAAGACUGGAGAGAAACAACUUGUUCUGGGUAUAUUUCUUGACAAUUAACAUGAAAGGAAAUGUAAUGUAAGUGAUCACAAUGUGGGGUUAGACCUCAAUUCUAUGGUUUUUACAGUACCUCAUUAUACAAUAAGGCUGUGAGUGAGGCCAUUAGUGGCAACAGGGAUAGAUAGAGCAAACAUGUUCUGGGUCAAUCUUAAUGAAUCUUUGUAGCGAUCCACUGAUUAUACCCCUUAUCAACAUAAAACACUGUUGUACCAGCUGAAUCACAAUACAUCUUCCUACAAGUUAAUUCUCAACCAAGUUUGCACCACAAUACCUCAUACAAUCUCAUGUCCACUCUGAUUCACUAGAAAUUUAGAUUCAGAAUCAAUAAAAUUAAUUGUUAUUAUUUUUUUGUAUUUUCCCCUGUGUUGUUGACCCUUUUCAAGGCAUACAUAUUCAUAACUCAGUUAUUAAUUGUAAUUUAUUUUUAACGGAUAAGGAAUAUCAUUUAGACACAGGUAAGAAAUCCUUUGUAACUUAUAAAAAAUAAAUAAAUAAACCAAGUUA